UUCUACGUUUAAAAUCCUAUACACUUUCGCGCUUGCUCUGUUUCUCUUGCAGCUACAGUGCAUUUGUUGUCUCGUUUACUAUGCCUUAAUAUUUUUUGGGGUUAUACCUUAAACGUCGGAACUCAGAACGAGGGAAGCGCAUGAAUUUUGCUGUUGCAAAGAAACUAGAUUUAUUUCUCAGCAUUACCACAACAUUAUUAUGAAAUUGCGUUGUUAAUUUAUUGUUUAGUGUAUUUUCAUCAAAAUGUCUAGUAAAUUUAACCAGAGUUCUAAUAUUACAGCUCAAAAUCAGCUUAUACAAUGGAUAAACGAAGCUGGUAUGGCAGAAGGAACCAAGAAGACAAACCUAUUGAGAAAAACUGUAGAAUUGUUACUGCAUUCUGCUUCACAAAUGCUGCCUGUUUACAUAGAAAACAUUCUAAGCUACGUUAGUGAUAAGUCUAACGAUAUCAAAAAACUUGUGGUUAAUUUUAUUGAAGAGAUAAGUAAACUUCACCCUCAAUAUCUACCCAAAGUGAUUGCACACUUAAGGCUUUUCAUUUCGGACACAGUGGUGGCUGUCCAAAAGCGAGCGAUACAAGCUGCCAGUAUCGUGUAUAGAAACACCCUACUGUGGAUAUGCAAAGAGACUGCAGAUCUGCCUGAGAUGCAGCUUGUGUGGGAAAAUCUCACACAGUUAAAGCUUAUGGUUCUCAACAUGAUUGAUAGCGACAAUGAGGGCAUUCGUACGCACUCCAUUAAGUUCUUAGAAGAAGUGGUGCUUCUACAGAGCCAUAGCGAGGGCUCUUCUGAUAAUGAGUUCAGUUUGGACGAUCUGCCGUCUCACUUGCCCUUCAUCAAUAGGCGAGCGCUAGAAGAAGAAUCUGAGCACAUUUUUAAAUUGCUUGUUAAAUUCCACAAUUCCCAACACAUUUCUAGUGUAAACUUGAUGGCUUGUAUGACCACACUCUGCCUUCUGGCCAAGUUCAGACCCAAGUUUAUGCCACGAGUCGUACAGGCUCUGGGUGACCUGCACACCACUUUGCCACCGACUUUGUCACAAUCACAAGUAAAUUCAGUCAGAAAACACCUGAAAAUGUUGCUUAUAAACUUGAUAAAACACCCCUCGUCGAACGAAAUGAUGCCACAGCUCACGCAACUCCUGAUUGACAUUGGCAUGACCACGCAAGAAAUUCAUAAAGCGAUACCGAAAGAGAGGAGAAAUAAACGAGUUGGCGAAAUAAAGACCGGCGAUGCUCCUUCAAAGAGAUUUAGAGUUGAUUCACCACAAAGCAAUAGCCAAGGGAGUGAUAGUAACAGUCGCAGCGAUUUCACGAUGUUCGAGGAUGACAGUAGUCAAAGUACUCCCAAACCCACCGUUACUGAAGACAGCAUUCUGGAUGGUCUAAAUAAUGUAGAAAAUGUCGUAGGGCUCGUCACAUCAACAUUGGUCAAUUGCCUUCCAACAGAAAUGCCGGCUAAUUUCAUCAAUAUAUACAAACCUAUUCCGAACUCGGGCAGCAAAGCGCAGAAGAAGAAUUUGGCGAAAAUGAUUUUAGGUCUGAUCAAGGAUGAACCUGUGGUGCCAGCACCGAUUACACAACCGCCCCAAUCGAUUCCGCUACCAACCCAAUCGAUUCCGCAACCAGUCCCACAACCAAUACAACCCGUUUCGCAACCAUCUUUCUCCGAUCUUGCGGCUAAAAUACCUUUGCUACGUGACGAUGACGAAAAAAUGACCCUGAAGAAUGCUGUGGCAAAAUUACAAGAAUCCACAAAAGCCGACAGACAAGUCGAGAGUGCCGUGUCUAAACUGAUGGAAGAAACGAGACAAGAACAUCUCAAAGAAGAGGAGAGAAAAGCGAAAGAUAAGGAGAAGCCGGUGCCACCUCCAACUCCUACAGUCCCCAAAUUGAAACAAAAGGUCAAAUUGCUCAAACUCCAAGAGAUAACACGUCCGAUACCCAAAGAGAUAAAGGAAAGAUUAUUGAUACAAGCAGUGAAUCGUAUCCUUAAAGCCGAAAAGGAAAGUGCGAUCGGUGGCGUCUCUCAAAUCAGGUCUAAGUUUAUAACGAUAUUUGCGUCAAGUUACACUCCAGAGAUAAGGGAAUUGGUGCUGAAUUACAUUCUGGAGGACCCGCUGGGUAGGAACGAAUUGGCUCUAUCUUGGUUGUACGAAGAGUAUGCCUUUAUGCAGGGAUUCAAUCGGCAUCCUGUUACGUUACAACCGAAGUUACACGAGAAACACGAUCAGAAUUACAAUCAGCUGCUUUGUGCGUUGAUAACGCAGAUUUGCGAGAGGGGCGAGCCCAUUGUGGAGAAUGCUAGGGAUAUUUUGCUGCGGAAAAUAUAUUCGGAGGCGCCAGUGGUGACUGAGGAAGCUGUGGAUUAUCUUAAACAUCUGGUUACGGAAGAAAAAGUCGCGUUCCUUGCGCUGGAUAUAUUGGAAGAGCUGUGUCUGAUGAGGCCGCCUCGUGCUCAUAAAUAUGUGGCGUCGCUAGUAUGUCACGUCUUGAACGAAAACGAAGAAAUACGUGACACCACCACUAAAUCUAUACUGAAAAUAUACAAAGAGGGCACCGAUUCAGUAAGGAAAGUGAUUGAGAAGCAUGCUAACUUGUACCUCGGGUUCAUAUCAUUGUCUAGUCCGCCUCAAGAGUUGUUUAAUACUAGACACAUGAUGCGGGUGCCUUGGAACGAUGAACUGUUUAAGCUGUGUCUGAAUUUGGUUAUGGCUUUGUUCCCGUUGAACGAAGAGUUAAUAUUGGAAGUGGGUCGCGUAUACGGUUGCGCCGGGUCGGACGCCAAGCGCGUAGUGCUCCGCUGCAUCGAGGCGCCCGUGCGCGCGGUCAUUGACCCCGCGCCGCAGCAGCUACGCGCGGUCAUUGACCCCGCGCCGCAGCAGCUACGCCCCGCCUUCCGGACCUUACUGCAGCACUGUCCCAGGGGCGCCGAGACAUUACUCACUAGGCUCGUGCAUAUAUUCACUGAGAGAGCGCCCCCGUCUGAAGAAUUGGUGUCCCGCGUACGUGAACUGUACGCUACAAGAGUGUCCGAUGUCAGAUUCCUCAUACCGGUGCUUACAGGGCUUAGCAAAAAGGAGAUCUUAGCCGCCUUACCGAAACUCAUUAAGCUGAACCCUGUGGUGGUGAAGGAGGUAUUCAACAAACUUCUGGGUUUGCAAAACCCCAACGAGGAAUCACCGAUUUCUCCAGUAGAAUUGAUGAUAGCCCUUCACUUAAUAGACCCGAGCACCGCCGACCUGAAAUACAUAAUUAAAGCGACUGCACUUUGUUUCGGAGAGAAAAAUACUUACACACAGGACGUACUAUCAGCAGUCCUUCAGCGUUUGGCGGAAGAACAGGAGAUUCCUGUAUUGAUGCUGAGAACUGUUCUUCAGGCGCUCACAUUGUACCCUGCGCUUGCGCCGCUCGUUCUUAAUGUAUUACAACUGUUGAUAGACAAGGAGGUGUGGUUGAACAAAGUAGCAUGGGAAGGCUGGGUGAAGUGCUGCGAACGCCUCCUGCCCUCGUCUGGCUUCCUGCUGGGGUCGCUGCCCGCGCGGGCGCUGACCCCCGCCGCCCUGCCCGGCUCGCUGCAGCGUGCCCUGCAUGCACAUGUCAACUCGCUGCCCUCGAGGGAGAGGGGUAGUUUACCACCACAUGUUAUCGCUGCUGCUCAGGAACCACAACCGCAGUCUCAAUACCCCCCCUCCUCAGCGCCGGUGGAGCCCCUCCCCCCCGGCAUGGACUGACGCCCGUGUGUUGUCUCGCUCACACCUGCCGACUGCGACUGAGACGAAACACUACCCGAGUGUCGUCGAACGUUCGGGGAAUACAUUAGCUUAUAAAUUAUUAUGAAAUGAAAAUAAACGUUUAUAAGAAAUUGACUAAUUAUAUUAAAGCUGUUUUGAAUGGUUUUCAAUUGGUUUCAUCUACACCCAUGCUUUUUAACUGCUAUUAAGAUUUGUUAAAUUUUGUAACAGAUAGCUUAUUGUCAAUAUUAUAAGAAUCAAUUGUCCUAAUUAAAAAAAUAUAUAACACCAACACCAUAACGUUUAAAAAAAAACAUUUUUUAAUAAAUUUCAUAAUAAUACUUUUUAAAUCCCUUCCUCGCCAAGAGUUUGCUCUUCAGAGAGCCAAAAUUUUCACUGCUGGAUUCGUGUUAUUAUAAAUUUCAAAAAAUAAGUUUCCAUCCCUUUUAAGUUCUUAGAACGCCCCAUGGUUUCAGAAUCAUUCAAAAGAUCAGAAAUUAUCAAUGUACUUAGUACAGAGAAAAAGAGGUAUAAAAUGGUACAUCAAAGUUUUUAGACGAUUACUUAAAAUCACAGUUUUAAAUUCAUACGUAAGCUUGGACCAUUGCCCAGACCACAGAGAUCACCAAAGAACACACGUCAAAGCAGGAGUGGUAUAAAAGAUGACGGUGUGCUCGAUGCAAUACCAAAAAAAACUGUCCUGAACUGGAUAUUGUAUGGUCACAAUGCCAAGUAUUUCUUUGUGUUGGCUCAUGUUAGAAAAAGCAUCAUAAUAUAGAGCAAUUGUAGUAUAUUCAUAUAUUAUUGUUUAAAUUUAUUUAUAUUGUGUUAUUAAAGUAUGUAAGUAUUAUUCAAAUGUAAACGGUAUAUACAGGGUGUAAAAAAACCUAUGACAAAGACUUAAACUACGCAUUCUGUACACCCAAACAAGUCAUAUUACAAAAUAUUAUACGUGGGAAAAAAUUGUAUUUUUAAGUUAAAAAACAUACUUUUUUUUCCGGUACGCAACGUAUAGCGCUGCGCGCUACUCAAAGAAUGUGCCUGUGUGUAUGUGUGUAAGUGCGUCUAUAAAAAUCUUGAAAAAAAUAUUUUGGCUACCUUCAAUAUCUCCAUAACCAUAAAUUUCCCAAGUUUGGUCCAGAAGAAAAGAAUGAUCGUCAUGAUGUGGAAAAUACGUGGCCUUCGACUUCGUUAUCGGUUUUUUUACACCCUGUAUAUAUAUAGAAUUUAAAACUGUGAUUUUAGUAUAUAUACUUAGAUAGUCAAACUAUUGGAGACUGAAUGUUAUGAAAAUUACAUUUCUUACGCCGAAGAAAAAAUAAACACAUGUCCGCGGUACUUUUAUACAUAUACCAAAUCAAUGCGUCGUGUAAACGAUUUGCCUCCGUGUAUGUCUUAUAAUAAUAUAAGACAUAAAAUAGACAUAAAUAAGAGCUCAGGUACUGACAAUAUCCACCCUUUUUUCAUAUCACAAUUAGCAAAGGAGCUUUCUGUCCCGUUGACCCUUAUAUAUAACAAGUCACUCUCCGAAGGUUGUUUUCCAGACAUUUGGAAGCGAGCUUUAAUAACACCCAUUUUUAAGGGAGGUGAUAAACAUGAUGUGCGGCAGUACCGGCCCAUAUCCAAGCUCUGUAUAAUGGGAAAAAUAUUUGAAAAGCUCGUUACAUAUUUUUUGACUUGGCAAACAAAACAACUUAUUUCUUCUCAGCAACAUGGGUUUAUCAGUGGUCGUAGUGUGGAGACCAAUCUAAUUACAUAUACGGAUCUUAUUAUAAAUGCUUUGGAUUCUGGACAUCAGGUGGACGCCGUGUAUACCGAUUUUUCAAAGGCUUUUGAUAAAAUAAAUCAUGAUUUGUUAUUAGAAAAAAUAUAUGCAAUCGGUAUACGCGGCGACCUCUGGCGGUGGGUGAAAUCGUAUAUCUCAAAUCGGAGUCAGGCAGUAGAUUUACGGGGAUAUCAGUCUGGAUUUCUUAAUAUACCAUCGGGCAUUCCUCAAGGGUCGCAUUUGGGACCAUAUCUUUUUACUCUGUACGUAAAUGACGUUAAAGAUUGUUUUGUAAAUUCACACCAUCUGCUCUAUGCUGAUGACACUAAAAUUUUUAAAGUAAUUACCUCUCUUAAUGACUGUUGUGAGCUGCAAAAUGAUCUUAGUAGAUUUCAAGAUUACUGUUCAAGAAAUCAGCUUUUCUUAAACACUGAUAAAUGCUAUACUAUUACAUUUACCCGUAAGCAUCAUCCGAUUGUUUGUGACUAUAACUUCUUUGGAAGCACUAUAAAAAGAGUCUCCUUCAUACGUGACCUUGGUGUAACUCUGGACUCCAAACUUCACUUCAAUACUCAUAUUGAUAAUAUAGUAUCACGUGCUUUUAAACAACUUGGUUUAAUAAAUCGUUUAGGGAAACCGUUCAAAAAUACAAAAACUUUAAUAACUUUAUUUAACACUUACGUACGCAGUAUUUUAUAGUUUGCUAGUGUGGUUUGGAACCCACAGUAUGCUGUUCACGUUGAUCGCAUCGAAAAAGUACAAAAUAAGUUUUUAAAAUUAUUAAGCUAUCGUGAUGAACAUAUUUUAAACGAUUACAGGACUUGUGCCUCAAAAUAUAACAUAACCCCAUUACAAAUUAGACGUACUUUUUUGGACACUAUGGUAUUAUAUAAAAUAGUUAAUUGCCGAAUUGAUUGCACUAAUUUGUUAGAUAAAAUCCACCUUAAGGUUCCUCGUCCCUCCUCACGGUCUAAGAGUACAUUUUAUGUCCCGCCAUAUCGCACAAAUUACACAAAAAACUCUUAUUUGAGGCGAUCACUUGAUUUUUUAUAACAAAAACCUGACCAAUAUUGACAUUUUUUCAAGUACUUAUAAUAAUUACAGAAAACUGGUUCGCGAGAUGUUGUACUAGUAGAUUGUAAAGAUUUUGAAACAUUUUGUAAUAAGUAACUAAGAAGUUUCUCAUAGACUCAAUUUGUUUAAACAUAAUAUUAAUUUAAGUUAUGGUACUAUAGGUCUAGUCAUACAUUAUUUAAUUUAAGCAAAUAUUACUGUUAGAGACCGUUUGUUACCUAAAUAAAUAAAAUAAAAUAAAAUAAAAAAAUAAAAUAUAUAUAUUUCAGUUAGCCAAGCAGCGCUCAGCGACAUUAAAGAGAAUUCAUAUCAUGGGUGUAGAUAGUCUUGUAUGCAACUGUUAGAACCAGGUAAUAAAACACUUAUCUGCUCAGUUUUGAAUUUCAAUUGGACGCUCUUGGAAUGCUCAGUACAUUUAAUUUCAAUACAUAUUGUUUGCUCAACACAUUUUUUCAUGUCUAUGGGUUUGAGGAGAGAAUCGAAACCUGAUGACAUGAUUCUCUCUUUAAAUAUGUUAAUUUUUAAACAUUACAUUUAAUCUUAACAUCAAGGGAAAAAUUGCCAGUUAUUUACGGGUCCAUCUAGGCAUUUGUUCCGAUAUAACUUAGGCUGAUUGCGACAAAAGCUAAUAUCUUCCCCAAAUGUCAAAUGAAAGCUUGACGACAAGGGUCCUGUAUUCAUUGUGAUUAUUUAUAUAAUGCUGGCAUUGAUAGAUGGAAGUUAAUGUUAUACAUAUAUUCGGCUUUGUUGAAUAAUUUUAAUGAUACCUAUUAAAUAGAUUGUAAGCUUUUGAAAAUUCAUUUUUUUUCUAUGAACGUAUUAAUAAUAACGUACGUUUGGCUAAUAUUGAACUUUAAUGACAUAUUAAUAAAAUCAAUGUUCUUAGUGCAUCCAAUGUACAAAUUUGUAAAACCAUCAAUCCUAUAGUCUCUUAUAUAAGCUAAUUACUUAAUAUGGCCUUGAAAUACUUUUUCAACACAUUUGCUCAAAAAGUGAAUUUACGGAGGUUGUAUACAUUGUUCGAAAGUUUAAAAUUACGGGUCAUACAACGGAGCGUGCGGUAAAACGUUUUACCGCACGCUUCCAUACAUGGGGCCGUGCUUAUCCUUUACGGUUUUAAUUUUUAUUUCAGUCGAACCUCGUUGGAAACACUUUUAAUCUAUCCUUUUCUAUCUCUACCUUUGUUUCAAAGAAAAGGAGACAAAAGAUGUAGUUCUAGGUUUCACCACCCGCACGUGUCGCCAUUCUGAAAUGCGCGCCAUUUUCUUAUUAGAAAAAGUUUGCUUCAUUUUGUUUUUAUAGCGAGGUAGGCGAAUGACUCUACCCCACCUGAUGUUAAGUGGUGAUAAAGUCCAAACGCGAAGAUACAGCAGUUACAGCACAGCCUGGUACAGCAGUUAUAAACUGCAACACCAACCAUCCUCACCUUGCCGGCCUGCAAAAAUGCUUCUUCACGCCUCUCUUAAAGGGCCCCAGAUGGCCAUUAAGGGAGCCAACAUGUGCGCGGGUAAAGAAUUCCACUUACGAAUAGUAUGACAAAGAAAUAAGUAUCAUUACUUAAAUUAGGUAUAGGU